UCAGCAGUCCCUGGGGUAGCCUUGCCGCCACCAUGGCUGACACGACGACGGAACGUGAGCGGAUGCUCUCAGCAUAUGUGGGAGAAGGUGUGGUGCCCACGAAAAAGACUUGGCCAGUCUUCACGAAGGAGCAGGACAGGGUCCAACUACCCAUCACAGACUAUGCCCUGGCGGCCAUCUCCUGUGCUGCCGUGCACUCGCGACGCGCUGGCGGCUCCGGACCGGAGGUUCCAGCAGAGCCCAAAGUGCGGCUGGCACGUGUGGGCUUCGGUGCUUGGACCUCGACGAACGCGAAACCAACAGGGUGAAGGUUGCGGCAAAGCUCCACAGCGGUGAAACUGUUGCGGUGAAA